GCAUUCUGCCCUCUUCUGCGUGACUUCGUCUUAAGCAGCGAGUCGAGCUACGUGGUGCCUGCCAAUUCCAUUGACGGUGCACCGCUGGUCAUGGCCGAGAAGCAGCGCCGAAAUCUCUUGGCGGCCUGGAGGAGGCCUGCUCACAGCAGCUGGUGCCAUGUCCUGCUCCUUGUGGCCACAAUCCUUUCCUCGGUUUCUGCACCCUCGGGAGCAGAGCACUUCCUGCAGGUCUACCGGGAGCGCUUCUGCUUCGUCUUCCAGACGAACCUCCAAAGUGGCAGAUUGGCGGCACUGGAAGAAGCGACGCUGAUGGCGCGAGUUCUGGCUUUCCAGUCCAACUCCUGCAGCCUUGCGCAGACCUUGGCCACGGACGCCUCUUUGAGAGCCAUGAUCUUCGUCAUGGCCAGCUGCCUCGCAGAGCGCUCUUCCCCCUCCGAGGUGUUUCUUCCUAUCUCUGCGGAGGAGCGAGCUGCAGCCUUGGUACAGCAGGUGGCCGUGGAUGGAGACAGCACCUCUGCACAG